UAAAACAGUGUGGGAAAAGCCAAGCAGGGGAAUAUUUUUGGUCAGGGAAAGUGACUGAUUAUAUUCCCUGUAUAAGAAAUAAGCCACAGACGUUCACGUCGGAUCUUUAAUUUAUUAUCUUUGUGUUUCAUUUUUAUGUUUUAAUUGUGUUUGGUAGUGUUAGUAGUUCCUUUUGUGAUUAAGUUGAGUCCCUGUCGGCAAAAUGUUGGAUUUCUUCGCCAUCUUCAGUAAAGGGGGCAUAGUGUUGUGGUGUUUUCAGGGAGCUGGUGUUGCUGAGUCUUUCGCUGGACCUGUCAACGCUCUCAUCCGAUCUGUCAUCCUGCAGGAGCGCAGUGGCAACAAUUCCUUCAACCACAAUGCAUUGACUUUAAAAUACAAGCUCGAUAACGAAUUUGAGCUUGUGUUUGUGGUGGGUUUUCAAAAAAUCCUCAUGCUGACGUAUGUGGACAAGUUUAUAGAUGACGUCCAGCUUCACUUCAGGGAUCGUUAUAAGAACGAACUGGAGCAGAGGGGCGCCAUCAAAUAUCUCAUUAACAACUUUGAGUUUGGGGACGACUUCAACAUGCUGCUGCGUGAGGCGGAGGAGAGCAGCCGUGCGAAGGAGCCGGUGGCGAUGAGGACCUUCACACAGUCCCAGAAGUCCCAGAAGACGGUCAAGUCCAUGAUCGAGACGAAGGGAGGGGACAAGAACAAGGAGCAGGAGAAGGGCAAGAAGAAUAAAAAUGCCAAAAAAGAAGCAGUGGAAGAGGGUGCGGGCGCAGCGCAGCCUAAAUCCCCACCCACUGCCAAGAAAGCCACGGUUGCCAACGGCAACCAGGAGCUGACGAAGGAGGAACUCAUCCAGCUGAAACGCGAGGAGAUGAUGCGCAAGAUGACCAGAGGCAGCACCACCACCACCAAAUCCCCCAAGCCUGUGAAGGAGAAGGAGGACAAGAAGAAGGCUAAGGUGAAGCGUGUGUGGGAUAACGGCAACACCAACGCCAAGGAGCUGGACUACAGCAACAAGCCCAACGGCUCCAACGACCCAGCAGGCCUGAACGGGGAGCCAGUGGAGCCGGUCCCUCAGCUGCCGUCCAUGGCUGGUGACCUCCAGGACGUGGACUAUGACUCCAGCGAGCCGGGGGAAGAAGAGGAGGAGGAGGAGGAGGAGGAAGAGGAGGAGAGGGUGGCCAACGUGGCUGCCGCAAAGUCAGGGGCCAAGCGUGGCGGUGGCUUUGGUGGCAUGUUUGGCAUGCUGAAAGGCCUGGUGGGCUCCAAGAGUCUUACUGUGGACGACAUGGAGCCCGUUCUGGAUAAGAUGAGGGACCAUCUCAUCGCUAAGAAUGUAGCAGCUGAAAUUGCCUCCCAGCUUUGCGACUCUGUGGCUAAGAAGCUGGAGGGCAAAGUCAUGGGAACCUUCACCACUGUGGCCUCGACCGUGAAGCAGGCUCUUCAGGAGUCCCUGGUGCAGAUCCUGCAGCCUAAGCGGCGCGUGGACAUCCUGCGGGACGUCAUGGAGGCGCGCUCGCACAGGAAGCCCUUCGUCAUCACCUUCUGCGGCGUCAACGGAGUGGGCAAGUCCACCAACCUCGCCAAGAUCUCGUUCUGGCUGAUCGAGAACGGCUUCAGUGUGCUGAUUGCGGCGUGCGACACGUUCCGCGCGGGGGCGGUGGAGCAGCUGCGUACCCACCAGCGCCGCCUCAACUCCCUCCACCCCCCCGAGCAGCACGGGGGACGCCCCGCCGUCCAGCUCUUCGAGAAGGGCUACGGGAAGGACGCCGCCGGCAUCGCCAUGGAGGCUAUCGCCUUUGCUCGUAACCAGGCCUUUGACGUGGUGCUGGUGGACACGGCGGGCCGCAUGCAGGACAACGCUCCGCUGAUGACCGCCCUGGCCAAGCUGAUCGCCGUCAACACCCCAGACCUGGUGCUGUUCGUUGGGGAGGCACUGGUGGGCAACGAGGCCGUCGACCAGCUGGUGAAGUUUAACCAGGCCCUGGCGGACCACUCCAUGUCUGACAAACCUCGCCUCAUCGACGGCAUCGUCCUCACCAAGUUCGACACCAUCGAUGACAAGGUUGGCGCUGCCAUCUCCAUGACUUACAUCACUGGGCAGCCCAUCGUGUUCGUGGGCACGGGGCAGACCUACAACGACCUCCGCAGUCUCAACGCACGCGCUGUUGUCAGCGCUCUCAUGAAGGCCUGAGCAGGACAUACACACGCACACACACACCACCUUCAAUGACCACACAAACAUACAUACACAUUGCCCAACACAGACGCCCCCCAACACACACACACAACCAUUAACACACUUCAAACGAACACACACCCCCCACCAACCUCAAUAACCUCCAACCCAAGCAUCUGAACCAGGUCCCUAAGGCGGAGGAUGGGGGGCACCAUGUGUACUGGGGUUUCUAUAUCUCUCACUCACUCUACAGGCAAACCAAGCCAAACUCCUGUAAUAAACUGGUAUGAUUUAUUUAA